AUGGCUGCCGAAAAUCACUCUACAGUGACCGAGUUUAUUCUCAGGGGAUUGACAAAUCGGCCAGAGCUCCAGCUCCCCCUCUUCCUCCUCUUCCUUGGGAUCUACUUGGUCACCAUCAUAGGGAACCUGGGCAUGUUCACACUGAUUUGUCUGAAUGCUCAGCUUCACACCCCCAUGUACUACUUCCUCAGCAAUCUGUCCCUUGUGGAUCUCUGCUACUCCUCUGUCAUUACCCCGAAAAUGCUGGUGAACUUUGUGUCAGAGAAGAACGUCAUCUCCUAUGCGAGGUGCAUGUCACAGCUCUACUUCUUCCUUGUGUUUGUCAUUGGUGAGUGUUACAUGUUGACAGUGAUGGCCUAUGACCGCUAUGUCGCCAUCUGCAGCCCGUUGCUCUACCAUGUCAUCAUGUCUCCUCAAGUGUGUUCCCUGCUGGUGUCUGUGGUCUAUGCCAUGGGAUUUAUUGGUGCAACAAUAGAGACUGGCCUGAUGUUAAAACUGUCCUACUGUGAGCUCCUCAUCAGCCAUUACUUCUGUGACAUCCUCCCUCUCAUAAAGCUCUCCUGCUCUAGCACCUAUCAUAUUGAGAUGACAGUGUUCUUUUUGGCUGGAUUCAACAUCAUAGUCACCAGCUUAACAGUCCUUGUUUCCUACGUCUUCAUCCUCUCCAGCAUCCUCCACAUCAGCACCACACAGGGAAGGUCCAAAGCCUUCAGCACCUGCAGCUCCCACCUUGCAGCUGUGGGAAUGUUCUAUGGAUCUACAGCAUUCAUGUACUUAAAACCCUCCACGGCCAGUUCUGUGGCCAAGGAGAAUGUGGCCUCCGUGUUCUACACCACGGUGAUCCCCAUGCUGAACCCCCUGAUCUACAGCUUGAGGAAUAAGGAGGUAAAGACUACCAUGCAGAAAACACUGAGGAGAAUACUCUUCAGAUGCAAAUGUCAUCAUUCUUCCUCGGGUUGA